ACACCGCCGUCCGAUAACUUCACAGGCGAACACACACACCUUUGUGCAUCCUGAUGGGAGUUACUCAAGGCCCUUCUUCAUAAUCGAGGUGAAUGUAGUGAGGAGUAAACAAGACUGACUCAACUAUAUCGUGUGAUAAGCGCUGUGCGGUAGCGCAGUAUUCACUCCAGACACUCAUGAGAAGCAUGGAGGACAUCACUCCACCAUUUCUAAACAACAAAAAAAGCCUGACCUUGUUUGGCCACUGAAUCCAGCAUGGAGACAGACACCGGCAUCAUCCACUGCAAACUCUGCCUGACCGACUGCCCUGAACUGGACACUAGCACACUUCAGUCUUGUAACUGCGUUUUCUGUGUGCAGUGUUUAAGGCAGUAUGUGCAGCUGGCUAUUCAGGGCGGUGCUGGAAGUGCCAUUACCUGCCCCGACCCGGCCUGCAAGAACACUAGAACUCUUCUGGAUUCAGAGAUUGCCUCCUUUGCUACCAGUGAUCAGGUCGAGCUUUAUCAGCGGCUUCGAUUUGAAAGAGGAGUUCAGCUGGACCCCAGUAAGGCCUGGUGCCCCGUGCUGGACUGUCAGGCCGUGUGCAGUGUGACUCCUGGUACUGAAGGCAUACCCGCUCCUGUGCCCUGCCCGGCGUGCCACGCUGUGUUCUGCUGUGGCUGUAGAGGCCUCUGGGAGGACGGGCACUCCUGCUCACAGUAUCAGCCACUGAUGACCCUAUCAACAGACAGUGAACUGACCAGCAAUGACACUGAUGCGACGAUUAAACAGUGUCCCAUGUGUGGCGUCUACAUAGAACGCAAUCAGGGCUGUGCUCAAAUGCUGUGCAAGAGCUGUAAACACACGUUCUGCUGGUACUGCCUACAGAAUUUGGACGGCGAUAUAUUCCUAAGACAUUACGAUAAAGGACCAUGCCGAAACAAGCUGGGACACUCCAGAGCUUCCGUCAUGUGGAACAGGACACAGGUUGUAGGUAUACUGGUGGGCGUCAGCAUCAUCGUACUAGUGACAUCACCACUGCUGCUGCUGGCCUCUCCCUGCAUCCUGUGCUGUGUGUGCAAACCCUGCCAAGCCAAGAAGACCAAGAAAAAGAAGAAAGACAAGAAGCCAUCAGAUUCCACCACAUAGGACAGUUAACACUAACACAUAAGUGUAAACACAUAUGUAGCGCCCUCCAUUUGCCAAACACCAGUCUCUCUAGCCAGGUGCACAAGUGCAUCAUUUUCAGUGCCUGGGAUUCAGUGGGUUUAUUUUGUCUUGAGGUGCAUUAUGGGGAAAAAAAAUCCUGUUGCUUAUUGAAAGGAAUUGCUCCUUUCAUCACUAAGCCAAAACAUUUGUUUGUGUCUUCUAUAGAGGUAAAAAAAAAAAAUGGACUGUAGCAAUCUGCUUCAAACUAAUUGUUUCCAUAUAUAGUUGUUCCAGACCAAAGGCCCUAUUUUCACCUGUGUACUAUAAAGUGUAAAUACUGUAUUUAUGAGUCUGGAUGCUAUCCUUUGUUCUUUUUACAUUUUCUGCAUAAGAUAUUUUAUAAAACUUAACUACAAUAAACUAAACACCUGAAACUUCGCAAUGAAAAGUGUUUGACCUGUUUGUCCUUUAUUCUAAUGUAAUUGUGUCAGAAAACGAAGUAUACGUUUGCAUUGUUGCGCUCAUGCUUGUAUUCAACAAUAGACAUAUUUGGUUUAUUUCUCUUUUUCUUUUUUUGUUCUUUCUUUUGCCCCAACAUUUUUCAUAUACAUUUAGAUUUUUGGAUUGUACAAAGUGCAGUUGAGUCACUCCUUAGUAAUCUAAUUGUAUUCUUUUUUUGAGGGCAAAUUAAACUCUUAAAGGAUGGUU